AUGCAAGGAAUGAUCGAGGUCCGCUUGCGAGAAGCCCCAGACGUGGUUUGCCAGUGCACCCCAUCUGGGACUCUUCGCGCCUCCAAGGAUCUACAGGAUCUCAGUCGUGAGGCAGUCCGUAGAGACAAGAAGGAGAGGUUGGAGGCAGCUUGCAACAUCCGGCGGAAGAGUGAAGCCGGGAAGCGAAGGGAAGCCGCAAGCAUUGAGCAGGCUUUAGACAUGGUCGCGCGCGAGAGGAGCCAUGAGUUUCUGUGCCCCUUCCUUCUUUGCGUCUGCCUGCCCGUGGCGAUACUUACGAAUUUGGCUGGCAUCCCACCCACAAGUGGCCUUGGUGCAGUGUUCCUAAGUAUUUUUGCGCUGUCAUUGAGCUUCUGUGCCAGCUGCUUCAUCUCAAUGAAAGUCUCAUGCACUGCAAAAGGGCAUGCUGAAGUUGCUUAUGGUCGUGACGCAGCCUGUUGGACCACUCUGUUCCUACUGCUGGGGCUGUUUACGCUUCUGUUGCUGGUGGCGAUGACGGUGCAGCACAGCCUUCAUGGAUACUGGUGGACGGUGUUUCUGAUUUGGCCAGGAGUUUGCCUCACGUGUUAUUGGGGCGCAAACAGGGCUUUGGAGGGAGCAGGGGAGGUGGACAGUGAAAUUUGGCACAGACGACUACGCGAGGCGGAGGCCAACGUACGUGAGCGAAGCAUCGUCUUCAAGGGCAAAGUCAUCCGGGAGCAAGGCCGAGCCUGCAUCUGCUCGUGGCCAGGGAAGUACGAAGGGGCCUGGGACACGAUGGUUGCCACGGCUCGGGAAGGUAACGUCAGCGCAGCUGUCGUUUUUUUGCCGGAUGGCACUCCGGAGUUUGGCAAGCACAGCCGCAUACCUCAAAACGAGCCUUUCAAAGGGCCAUGCUGGUGCGAGCCCUUGUACGGCGGGAAAAAGCCCUGGGGCUGCCGUUGGUUCGCGCUCUGGAUUCAAAACGUCGAGGAGGCCGUGAAGUCGGGUGCUGUUCUAGAAGUUUACUUCUUUGCCAAUAUGGUUGGCAAAGGGACGGUCGCCACUUUUGCCACGGCAGGUGCCGAAAACAAGCGCAGAGAGCGCCUGGAGGUUCAAAAGGGGAUGUUCACUCAAUCUGCAACCUUCCAGGCUGCAUUGGGCAGCGGCCUGGCUUGCCUCUCCAAGAAGCCACGAGCAGAUAGCUCUUCACCAUAUGACCGCGAAGUGCAUCGGAUAUUCUUGACUUCCCUGACAGAUGAGGAGCGCGAGUUCUUGGAGUCUUCUGAAGGUUUGGGGAACUCGCAGAAGGCGGAAGUCGCGUGGCUGGAGCACAAAGGGUAUGCUUACAUAAAGAGGGAUGUUGCAGACUGGUUGGAGGAGGAGGCAGUGGCAUUGAAGGGGUUGCAGCCGUCGCCAAAGGUGGUCACCAGCAGCAAGACUAUUCCGGACAAGGCACAGAAGGACCUCAUCCUGGCAUCGAUUGCCAUCAAGUACACGCAGUCCAACUCGGUGGGCUACAGCAAGAACGGCAUGAUGGUUGGCGUGGGUGCAGGCCAGCAGAGCCGAGUGGACUGCGUCAAGCUUGCGGGCCGCAAGGUGGCCACUUGGUGGUUGCGCUUCCACCCCAAGGUGAAGGGACUGCCAUUCAAGGACGGCGUCAAGAGGCAGGACCGGGUGAAUGCGCGAGUCCGCUACAUCGAGGGUGAUAUGGAGGAGCUUCGGCAUGUUCUCUGGGAGGCUGAGCGCACCGAGUGGCUGAAGAACUUUGACUCCCCCCCGGAGCCCCUUACGGCGGAAGAGAAGAGCACCUUCCUGAAAGGCCUGGACGAUGUCGCCAUCUCAUCCGAUGCCUUCUUCCCCUUCCGGGAUUCCAUUGACCAUGCCACCAGGCUGGGCGUGAAGUUUGUGGCCCAGCCUGGUGGGUCUGUGGCAGACAAGGAGGUCAUCGAUGCCUGCAACACUUAUGGCAUGACCAUGGCCUUCACACAGCUGCGGCUCUUCCAUCACUGA